AUCCCCACCAAGAGCAACGAUGAAGGGCGUAGCGGUGGCAGCGAUCGCCGCAGGGUGCGUUUGCUCGACAACGACAACGACCGCCUUCAUCGUGGGAGGAGGAGGUCCGGUCGCUUCUUCCGUACGCAGUAGCAACAGCAGGAAAGGGGCAUCCGCGGGCAGGCGUGCUUCGGCCAGGCGGGGGGGUGCUUCCACCCUGCGGUGCGCGGCGGCCGCUACCGACUUCGACCUCAAGACUUACCUGGGUACGAAGAAGGAUUCGGUGGACAAGGCCCUCGACAAGGCCGUCGUGUCUACGAUGCCCCAGACAGACCAGGACGUCGUAUCUGGGGUGCCAACGGAUCAGAAGUGCAUCGGCUGGUGCUUGCUUGCUUGGCGUACAGAGCGAAAAGCGUCACUCGCUUUGGGAAGAGGGCAAAGGGGGGUAUGGACUGCAGUUUCGCGUGCCUCAAUUCACUACUCCCUGAUGGCCGGGGGCAAGCGCGUGCGGCCCAUCCUCACCAUCGCCGCCUGCGAGAUGUUCGGGGGCUCGAUGGAGGCCGCCAUGCCCACGGCCGUGAGCACGGAGAUGAUCCACACCAUGUCUCUCAUCCACGACGACCUUCCCGCAAUGGAUGACGACGACCUUCGCAGGGGAAUGCCGACGUGCCACGUGAAGUACGGGGAGGACAUCGCCAUCCUUGCAGGCGACGCGCUCUUGUCCAAGUCUUUCGAGCACUGCGCCAAGUUGUUGCUGCUUUUACUGCUGUCGUCGUUGUUGUCGUUGGCUUUCGUUGUGUGGUGA